CAUCCAUCCCCGAGAGGAUCUGUCCGCCAGCCUCCAAGACAUCACUUCGUUGAGAGCAAGAUCUCUCGCUCACUACCCGGUCUUCAUCGAAUCCCGCACAUCCUUGACGGGGAACCUACUCUUUACCAUGAGGAAGUCAGUCCUUUCCUUCCUUGCCACGGUUGCUGGCUCGGCUGCCUUGUCCAUCCCGACCAGCCCAGACGCCCUGCUCCAACCUCGCCAGUCAUCUUCGUGUGAAAACACCCCUAAGUCACGCAACUGCUGGGGUGACUAUUCCACCGACACCAACUACUAUGAGACAACGCCGGAGACCGGAAAGACUGUGGAGAAAUGGCUCUCGGUCGAGGAAGGGCCCUGUGCCCCUGAUGGAUACCAACGGACGUGCAUGACCUUCAACGGCACCAUCCCCGGCCCGACCAUCAUCGCCGACUGGGGCGACAACCUCGUCAUCCACGUCACAAACAACAUGUCCAACAACGGAACCAGCGUCCACUGGCACGGGCUCCGGCAGCUGAACAACAGCAUCAACGACGGCGUCCCCGGCGUCUCGCAGUGCGGCAUUGCCCCGGGCGAGACUCAGACAUACCGCAUGCGCGUCACCCAGUACGGCUCGACCUGGUACCACAGCCACUUCAGUCUGCAGUACGCCGAGGGCCUCUUCGGCGGCAUGGUCCUGCGCGGCCCCACCACGGACCACUACGACGAGGACCUGGGUGUCCUAUUCCUGCAGGACUGGUCACACAAGGAGGCCUUCGCGCUGUGGGACGUUGCCAGAACGGGCAACCCCGUCUUCAUGGAGACUGGCCUCAUAAACGGCACCAACUCGUUCGACUGCAGCACGUCGACGGACCCCAACUGCAAGGGUACGGGGAAGAAAUUCGAGACCGUCUUUGAGAAGGAUAAGAAAUACCUUCUCCGACUCAUCAACUCGGGUACCGACGCCGCCUUCCAGUUCAGCAUCGACGGGCACAGCCUGAGGGUCGUUGCGCACGACCUCGUGCCCAUCGUCCCUUACACGACGGACAACGUCCAGCUCACCAUCGGGCAGCGCUAUGAUGUGAUUGUCGAGGCCAACGCCGAACCCGGCGACUACUGGAUCCGCGGCGGCUGGAUCACCGAUUGCCUCACGAACUACAACGCGUUAAACAUCACGGGCAUUGUCCGGUACGACGCGACCAGCACCUCGGAUCCCACUUCGUCCAGCACCGUGACGACCUCCCACAGCUGCCUCGGUGAACCGCUCGAGAACACGGAGCCAUACCUGAAGCUUAACGUGGCCAAUCUCGACGGCGGAGUCGUGCUCGAAGACUUGUCCUUCGGCUUCAACCGGACCGGAGACGUCAACUACUUCCAAUGGACCGUCAACACCAGCAGCCUGCGGCUCGACUGGGGGAACCCGACAUUGAAGCAGGUGUUCGAGGGGAAAAGCAUCUUCCCUACCGAAUAUAAUGUCGUGAGCGUCAAUGCUAGCGGCACCGACCCGGAAUGGGCCGUCCUCGUCAUCCAGGACCUGAGCAAUAUUCCCCUCGCUCACCCAAUCCACAUGCACGGCCACGACUUCUGGGUGGUGGGCAUGGGCCUGGGCACCUUCUCCGGCGACACGAGCGCCCUCAACACGACGAACCCGUCGCGCCGCGACACCAGCACCCUGCCCGCCGGCGGCUACCUCGCCCUCGCCUUCCAGCUCGACAACCCGGGCGCCUGGCUCACCCACUGCCACAUCGCCUGGCACGCCAGCCAGGGGCUCUCGCUCGAGCUGGUCGAGAACCAGGCCCAGAUCGUGGCGGAUCCGACGGACCGGGGCGUGUUUGAUGAUAUCUGCAAGUCGUGGUCCAUGUUCAAGCCUGUCUAUGAGCAGGAUGAUUCCGGGAUUUGAUUUGGGGGUUGAGUGGAUGACGACGGAAAAUGACGGUUUUGGAUCAAAUUUUGGGUUGUCCGGCAGGGUAGAAGGUUAUCCCUUUUGGUUUUGAUAUACUUAUUGUAUUGUACAUGUAAAGUUGGUUUCCUAUGGGUGUAUUGUGAAAUACCUAACUUGAAGUUCCUCAUAACAAUCGUCUGACGCUGAGUUUCUUGUCAG